AACGCAAAAGGGAAUGCAACGACGUGGGUACGAAUAUAUUUGAUAUAUUCCCACGAGACCACAAAAAACAAAGUGUGUAUAUGUUGUUCAUACCCUAGUUCCGGAGAAAUCUGACUCGAACUCGAACUCGAUUUCCUUGACCGAGAUAGAGAUAGAGAGAGAGAGAGAGAGAGAGAGAGAGAGAGAGAGAUAAGGUACUUGGCAAUCCUGCGUGAGUAACAUUCUUUCAUUAUUCAAUAAUAAUAACAUAUCCGGUGUUUUUCUCUCUCCCUUGUCCUCCAUUUCCUUCCUCCCGCCCUCUUUCCGCGGAUAGCAAGCAAGCACGCAAGCAAGCAGCCAGUUAGCCCGGGAGAUGGGGAUGACAUGUGUGGAUGUGACUGGGGCGGGGGAAUUAUGAUUAAGGAACAACCCCCUUGGUUCUGGUCUCGGUGAUUUGACUGUGGGCUGGCUGGCUUAGUUGUAGCGGUGGCUAGUUAGCAAUAGUCCCGCGUUCGAGGGGUUAGGCCCAAGAAAGAAAAGAAAGAACAGAAAGAACAGAAAAAAGAAAAAAAGACACACCGCCAACUGCGCCGACUGGACUUGGACUUGGGGACUGGGACUGGGACUGGGACUGGGGGGCGUUGUUGGUUGUUUAGUCAUACUUCCACCUCGGCCUCUGCUCUCCUCUCAUCUGCCACUUUCUGCCUCUGCCUUCCUCCCUCCUCCUAUCCGCAUCCUCUCUCCCUCCUCUCCCUCCUCUCCUCUCUCAACCUCCAACCUCAUCUCAUCAACUCCCCCCUCCCCUCUCUGUCGCUUCAUUCUCCCUCCCCUCCUCUCUUUUCCCGCCCUCUGCGCUCGCUUUUUCUUUGCCAAUUGCUGUUCUCCCUACCCUCCUGCCCUCCUGCAGACAGCUCGCGUUCCCCUCUCCAAAUCUCCCCUCCCCCGCUGCCGGGGUUUUCUGCGCUCUUUCGCUUUGGGUUGCUCUCGUUUGUUCUCUCUGCUUUCCCCACUCACCCCCGCCUUCGUUCUCUGACAUGUUCAUUCUUCCUGCGUCCGUGUAGUCUGUGCCACCCUCCAUACACACACGCACACACACAUACACGCACACGCACACUUACACAUAGCGCGAGAGAGAGAAAAAGAGUGAGUGAGAGAUAUAGACAAACGCACAUAGACUCGCCCCAUAUUAUACAAUGGCUUUCAAGAACGGUCUGAGCGAGCGUCUUGAAGAGCUCCGGUUUUCCUCCCCUCGCUCUCCGCCCUCCGACUCGCCUUUCUCCAGCUACCCCUCGCCCACCAGGGGUCAGCCUGCCAGCUACAUCUCCGCCUUCCACCCGCCCUCAGAUGUGCGCGCAAACCUCCAACGUCGCUUCACCACCGACGCCAGCAAGCUUUCCUCAUGGCCCGCCUUUAACAAUACCCAGCCCCUGCCUUUCCCGGAGUCUUUGGACUUCCUCUCCUCGGCCACGCAGAUUCACAAGUCGCAGUUGUUCGAGAAGAAGAAAGCCCAUAUCGAAUACAUGAGAGAGCAAAGAAAACGCUUCGAGGCUGAUAUGAAGCUCUUGGAUCUCCAACAGGAGAAAGAGCGCCAGGAAUUAGACCAGAUGGCUAGAGACCUUGCUAAUGCUAACUCAAGCCUGGCUGGUGCCGUCAGUGAACCCACAACCCCGCCGGAAUAUAGAGACAACGGUUUCCCGACUGCCUUCUCUCGUCCAACUCGUUUUUCAACUUCCAGUGCAACGGCACCUGGAGUGUUUAACCUCUUUGGCCCUUCACAGGUUGUAUCUCCAACUGGCCAGGCCAAAUCAGUAAUAUCUACUGCUCCAAGCCAAGCAUCUGCACCUCAGUCUCUGCUGGGUUCUCGCCGGAACUCUGAGGAGGAAUAUCCUCCGGAGCCUUUCCCCUCUUUUCGUCAGGGUGCCUCUAGUAUCAACAGAUACUCCCUACCCACGUCCAGUUUUGGUUCGCAGUCCAAUUCCACCACAACUACAGCCACAGCCACAGUCAACGGCUUUAGCAGGUCCAUUGGUCUGAAUCCAUUCCAUCCAGCCAAGUUUGCGUUUGGGGAUGACGACGACGAAGAUAGGAGGGGCUUGAAGGACGACGAUCGUAUUCCAACCCCUGACGUAAAGAGCUAUCUCAAGUUAACCGAUCCUGACGACAAAUUCCCUACCCUGAUCCGUCGUGACGAUAAUUCUGGUUUGCUAUCAGCCAAUUCUGCUGCCUUGGAUUUAGCCAACUCACGUACCCCAGGCCCAGAGAGUUAUGGUCAUCGUCAUCACGCUUCACUGCCUCACAAUUCAUUGAACAUGUCUCAGCACGUUGGGAACAACCGUUCACAAGGCGAGCAAAUUUCAGCCCCAUUUUCACCUACAAGUGACACCCGCCAAUCUCACAGACAUUCACUUGAGCCCGGGUUUUCAACGUAUCACAACACCCAGAGCCUCUACUGUACCGCCAAUGGAUCCCAGUCUAGGCCUGCUUCUCUCCAGAUGUCAUAUUCCACUAAUGAUAUCCCCACUAAGAAUAAUGGCUAUACUGCAGUAACUCCGCCAAAGUCCCACUCAGAGCAUUUCCAUUCGCAUAUUUCUAGUGUUGGUCGGGUUCCGGCUACUCCUCACUCCCAUGCAAACGACACCACCCCAGCAUCCCCAAUGUCCCCUGAGCGAGAGGAUCAGGCCUUUAAUCUCCAACCACUGCAGUCAGUUUUGCAGGCAAGUGCCACCCCUUUUGGACCACAAUUGACAUCCCCAACCAAUGGGAUAAAUGGGAUAAAUGGAAUAAAUGGGAUGCCAAAUGGUACUUCAGCUAUGGCCUCUUUCCCAAAUCCCGUUUAUGGAUACGCCAUACAGCCAUUCAUUACCAGCCCCCUCCAAGCCAAUGGCCAAACCCAAGCAUUCCAGCCAAACCCACCAUAUGGUUCCUAUAUCAAUACUGCUCCUUAUUCGCCCUACGCUCGGUUCCCAGAAAGCCCUGCAAGAAACCCGGGCCAGGGUCGCCGUAGCGGAGAUGGUGAAUCUGUCCAAUUUUCGCGGUUUGGAAACGCUCCAUUGGAAACCUAUCAAGGCGAGUUAUAUGGCAUGUGUAAGGACCAGUAUGGGUGUCGCUAUCUGCAGAAGAAGCUGGAGGAGCAGAACCCAGCACAUGUGCAGAUGAUAUUCUUGGAGACCCAUAUUCAUGUUGUGGAACUAAUGACCGAUCCGUUCGGGAACUACCUCUGCCAGAAGCUUCUCGAAUACUCCAACGAUGAACAGCGUACCGCCCUCAUCAACAAUGCUGCUCCUCAACUUGUCAAGAUCGCACUGAACCAGCAUGGGACUCGGGCUUUACAGAAGAUGAUCGAAUUCAUCUCCACACCGGAACAGACUCAAACCGUGAUCAACGCGUUACGUGAUCGAGUGGUUGAACUCGUGCAAGAUUUGAAUGGAAACCAUGUUAUCCAGAAGUGCUUGAAUCGCCUCUCUGCACCAGAUGCUCAGUUCAUUUAUGAUGCCGUUGGGACAAGCUGCGUGGCAGUUGGAACGCAUCGACACGGCUGUUGCGUGCUGCAACGUUGCAUUGACCACGCUUCUGGCGAACAGCGUGCUCGACUGAUCGAACAGAUCACUAAUAACGCAUUCACGUUAGUUCAGGAUCCGUUUGGGAAUUACGUGGUUCAGUAUAUCUUGGAUCUCAACGAGCCUCACUUUAUCGAGCCUAUUUGUCGCAGCUUCCGUGGGAACAUCCCUGCCUUAUCCAAGCAGAAAUUCAGCUCGAACGUGAUUGAGAAAUGUAUCCGGACAGCCGAUCCUCAGUCUCGUUCCGCUUUGGUGGAGGAGAUGCUGGUCCCCAGUGAACUCGAAAAAAUGCUCCGUGACUCCUUUGCGAACUAUGUCGUUCAAACAGCCAUGGAUUUUGCUGACCCUGAAUAUCGCACCAAACUGAUCGAAGCUAUCCGUCCGAUCCUCCCAGCAAUUCGCCAGACUCCUCACGGUCGCCGCAUUGCCGGAAAGAUCCUGAGUGUCGAGAACCAAGGUCGCGUGAGCGGGGGUUCCAGCGGCCAAAUUACACCUAACGAUAUGACGAACGUGUACCACCAGAUUCACCCCUUUCCAAACUCCAUCAUUACCCAAUAUCCACAACAGCAGUUUAACAACGUCGGCGAUAAUAUGAUUAACAAAGCGACGGCAACCAACAGUAGCUCAUCUUCCGCCUCAUCUGCAGCGAAUGGCAGUAACAGUUCUGCCAAUACCCCGCCCGCCACCGGUAACGUUAACGGCAAUGAAGGCAACUCACCCACCAUCUACAGCCCGAUUCCUCAACAAGCUACGAACGGAAUCAAUGCUUUUCCAGUACAGGGAUACCCAUUUUUCUCUUGAACAUUUACCAUGCAUCCCCGGGUCUACGUUGCCCCUGCAGGCCUGUUACUUAGUCUUCUUCAAUUUUUGUCUUCUUUUUUACCCUGUUUUUGUUUUGUUCGUUCGCAAAUGUACACCAGAUUCACGACGACACGAGUCAUGAGAAAUUAUUUUGUUUAACGGCCCAAUAAGCAUCUUCGGGGAUGGGAGGGAAAGAAAAUACCAUGUCUUGAUGAUAUUGUCUUGUCUCCCACGACUGACGCCAUUUUUUUCAGACCUCUCUACAUCAGAUCUGUAAACGAUUUCCCUUUUAUUUUGGCAUCUUCUCUUUUUUCUUCCUUUUUCUUGUUUAUUACCGGGCACAGAUAAACGUUACGCAAGGCACAAAAUGCAGAUACACCCAAAGGCACGAAGCAAAGAACGCAGACCAUAUACCGAACGAUACAUUUUAACGAUUUAGGUGUCUUGGCAAUAAACAUUACGACGCAUCCCUCCACGUCCCUCGCCAAAGAAUUUUGUAUUUUUUCUUAUCUCAUACGCGCCAAUCGCAUCCAGACGGGACAUAUUUUGGCAUCCUUGGUGUCAUUUUCUUUCCUGAAUUCCCACCAGACGUCGUCCAUUGAAACUUUUAGCAAUUGUUUUUGCCGGCCCCCCUCCAUACCGUCCAUCCAGCAAAAACGAAAAAAAGGGAAUGUAUUGUAUUUCCUAAGUUCAUUAUUUCCAUCGUGAGACAAGCAUCCCUACGCGAUAGGACGGCUCAAGAUCUCGCAAGCCGAUGUGUUCUAUGCACUUUUGCACACGUGAUCUGUCUUUCUUCAAUCAAACCCAUUUUUCUACAUUUACGUUGCUUGACAUUCUUGCUGUCUUCUUUGCAUUCAAGCAUACGUUGUGGUUUGUGGUUUGGAUAGGCGGUGGGUUAUGAUACUGGGUUCUGUCCCACGGUUGGCAGCCGCCUCACAUCUAUUUUCGUCCAAUAUAUUUUUGACUAGUAUCACAUUUAUUGCCUGUUUUUUCCCGCGGGCCGAUUUGUAUUUGCGCUGCGGCGCGCUCUUGCGGCUAUGAUGCACUGAUCAACCCAGUUCGUCAAUCGUCAUGAUAUAUACUCCUUGGACGAUAUGAUUGGAUUGGGAAAGAGGUGAUUCGAAAUUCACAGAUGGUCGACGUUGUCAAGCUCUUUUUUCUUUCUUUCUUUCUUUCUUUCCAUUUCCCCCCCCCCUUUUUUUUCCCUUCCUUUCUUCCCCUUCUCAAAUCCAGGCUCAAUUUCUCGUCAGUUUACCAUGUCAGCUUGUUUUUUUACCUGUCUUUUGUUCACGGCUACAUCUUGGAUCGAUACCAAUCGAGACAAGAGUUGCAGACCGCCUCUGUCCUUUGGCGUAGCUCGCGCCCAUCCUCCCCAAAGACAGACCUAAUGCACUUUCCCAUCUUUCUUCAACGAAAGAGCCGUUGUUUGUAUUGAUUCCUCUCCAAGUAUGUUCCCGCAAACCCACUUCAGUUCAUGUAUUUGUUCUCACUAGCUCUGAUUUAUUAUUUUCAUUUUCAUUUUUUCAUUUUUUUUUCUGAACCCCCUGUCGACGAUGAAUAGCCAAACGGCCACUGCCAAUUCGAAACGCCAAACCUAAUGAAAGGCAGUGCGCGUCAACGUUUUCAAUUCCGUCCCCUGAAAUGUAUGUACCAUGAACUUUUCCCCUAUCUUGUUUCUUCUUCCCUUACAUCCCAUCGCUUUUCCUUCCAUGUUUCCAUUCACGUUCCGACCUUAGUAAGCCUAUGCUAGCGCUAGUUAUUCGUCAUGUGCUUCAUAAUGUUCCAUUUUCUAUCCAAUCAAUGCUUCCCUGUUUGCCCGUCAUUAUCAUUUUUUCUUUCAUUUGUUCUUUUUGUUUGUCUCUUUUUUUUUAUUCCCCAACUUUAUUUAUCAUCUGAUCAUCAUCGUAUCAUUGUCCUCAUAGCUCCAUCUAGACUAGAUGUACCCAUAAACAAAUUCAAAUUCAAAUUCAAUCUUUUUGUUUAUUUUUUUAUUUUCUUCUCUUGUGGACAAUUUAGAGAAGCGUAAAACCUUCACGUUCAUCAUUGCACCGUUCUUAUACCCCGUCGUGCUCAGUCUGUUUGCUGAAAUAAAAGACGC